AUGUUUCCAUCGCGAUUCCAGGCCACCGUCAUGACUGAGCUGGUAUGGCUAUGGAGAAUGUGGAGGCAUUGGCUCGUCUCUGCGUCCCAGAUUCUCACCGUCUUGUCGUAUGACGCCGAAGCGACCCGUUUGUUGCCAGGUUUCCAGUUGGGUGCGCAGGCAACUCCCCAUAUAAAGUCGGUAUGGCCUCGAAGUGUUGUGACGCACUCGCCCGUUGACGAGUCCCAGAUUUUGACAGUGUGGUCAUAUGAUCCGGAUGCAAUCUCCUUUCCGUCGGACGACCAAGAUACUGAGUUGACCCCAGACUCGUGGCCCUUGAGGAUGAGCUCAAGGACUGGUUGGACUGGUUGGGCUGGUUCGCCGGUACUGACAUCUCAUAUCUUGACCUUUUUGUCGGCGGACACCGAAGCGGCAUGGGUCGUUGUGUUGCACCAUGCCACCGAGUUGACGGCAUCGUCCUCGUGGCCCGUGAAUGUUGCGGUGGCCUCGCCUGUUUCUGGAUUCCAGAUCUUUGCUGAGGCAUCCAUCGACCCCGAAGCGAGGCGAGUUCCAUCUGGGGACCAGGCUACUGCCAUGACUGAUUUGAAAUGUCCUAUCUUGACUGUAGCAUCGGCUGAUGCUGAAGCAACUCCUCCCUUUUCUGACCAGGCCACUGACCGGACGUCGGCGGUAUGGCCCUCGAGCGUCAUGAGAAGCUUGCCGUUCGCUGCAUUCCAGACUUUGAUGGUGCGGUCAAACGACGCUGACCCGAGCCUCGCUCCAUCAGGGGACCAGACGACGGAUGUGACUGCAUCGGCAUGGCCCUAG